AAUUCGCGUCUAUGAUCUGCACCAUUUCCCUCUCUGUAUCAGAUCUUGGCUUUUCCCUUUUCUGAAAAGGCACUCCCCUUUCCAUCUCCAAACCUCUAAAAAUCUCUCUUCAUUUUCAUCAGAUCCCUUUGCGUCUUUCUUCGAUUUGACCUCUCCAGAUAUUCGAAUUCUAGGAUUCGGAUCAUCUUCUCCUCUUCCUCCGCAUCCAAUCUUUGCUUCUUUCAUUCGAUCUUGUUGAAAAAUGCCGUCUGUAUACGGGGAUCGGCUCACGACGUUCGAGGAUUCGGAAAAGGAGAGCGAGUUCGGAUAUGUCCGGAAGGUAUCAGGACCAGUCGUUGUGGCAAAUGGAAUGGGUGGUGCUGCUAUGUAUGAACUCGUCCGUGUUGGCCACGACAAACUUAUUGGAGAAAUUAUUCGGCUGGAGGGAGAUUCCGCUACAAUUCAAGUUUAUGAAGAAACUGCUGGGCUGAUGGUGAAUGACCCUGUUCUACGAACACGAAAGCCCCUCUCCGUGGAGCUAGGGCCAGGAAUUUUGGGCAACAUUUUUGAUGGGAUUCAGAGGCCGCUGAAAACUAUUGCUAUAAGAUCCGGUGAUGUUUAUAUCCCUCGCGGUGUUUCUGUCCCUGCCCUUGACAAAGAUAUACUGUGGGAAUUCCAGCCUAAAAAAUUAGGUGUUGGAGAUCUUGUGACUGGUGGAGAUUUAUAUGCUUCUGUUUUUGAGAACAGCUUAAUUCAGCACCAUGUUGCACUUCCUCCUGGUUCUAUGGGAAAAGUAACCUACAUUGCCCCCGCUGGUCAAUACAGUCUAAAGGAUACUGUGCUAGAGCUGGAGUUCCAAGGUGUUAAAAAGCAAUUUACCAUGCUUCAGACAUGGCCUGUGCGUACCCCAAGGCCUGUUGUGUCCAAACUUGCCGCUGAUACACCUCUCUUGACUGGGCAGCGUGUUCUUGAUGCCCUUUUCCCAUCAGUACUUGGAGGAACCUGUGCUAUACCUGGAGCAUUUGGUUGUGGGAAAACAGUCAUUAGUCAAGCUCUUUCAAAGUACUCAAAUUCUGAUGCUGUGGUUUAUGUUGGCUGUGGAGAAAGAGGAAAUGAAAUGGCAGAGGUUCUUAUUGAUUUCCCUCAAUUGACAAUGACAUUACCUGAUGGCCGUGAAGAAUCCGUCAUGAAGCGCACAACACUCGUGGCAAACACUUCUAACAUGCCUGUGGCUGCUAGGGAAGCCUCUAUAUAUACUGGAAUCACAAUAGCUGAAUACUUCCGAGAUAUGGGUUACAAUGUUAGCAUGAUGGCUGAUUCGACAUCUCGUUGGGCAGAAGCAUUGCGUGAAAUAUCUGGCCGUUUGGCCGAAAUGCCAGCAGACAGUGGCUAUCCAGCAUACCUUGCAGCACGUUUAGCCUCUUUCUAUGAACGGGCUGGUAAAGUGAAAUGUCUAGGGGGCCCUGAUCGUACCGGCAGUGUAACAAUAGUUGGUGCUGUUUCUCCUCCUGGAGGAGAUUUCUCUGAUCCUGUAACGUCUGCAACCCUUGGCAUUGUUCAGGUCUUUUGGGGUCUGGAUAAGAAACUUGCUCAGAGGAAGCAUUUUCCGUCCGUGAAUUGGCUCAUAUCUUAUUCAAAAUACUCAAAGGCCUUAGAGUCCUUCUAUGAGCAAUUCGAUGCAGAUUUUAUUGACAUCAGGACGAAAGCUCGCGAGGUGUUGCAGAGAGAAGACGACCUGAACGAAAUUGUCCAGCUUGUUGGUAAAGAUGCUUUAGCUGAAAGUGACAAGAUUGUCCUCGAGACAGCGAAGCUUCUGAGGGAGGAUUAUCUUGCUCAGAAUGCAUUUACUCCAUACGACAAGUUCUGUCCAUUCUACAAGUCUGUUUGGAUGAUGCGGAACAUUAUCCAUUUUUACACUUUGGCGAAUCAGACGGUGGAGCGAGGAGCAGGUUCAGAUGGCCAGAAGAUCACAUACAAUGUUAUCAAGCAUCGGCUGGGCGACCUUUUCUACCGUCUAGUGUCCCAGAAAUUUGAAGAUCCUGCAGAAGGGGAGUCUGCUCUGGUGGCGAAGUUCAGUAAAUUAUAUGAAGAUCUCAAUGUCGGUUUCCGCAACCUUGAGGAUGAAAUCCGGUGAUUUCUUUCUGGGCCUUGGAUAGAACUGCAGGUAAUUUGCGCAUCGGUAUCCACAUUCAUGCCAGCAACAGUCGAGGUUUCAUGUGUUUUUUUUUUUUUUUCCCGAGGGUUGGUGAACAUUGCUGUGUUGGCUGGUCUCCUGUUUGGCUGCCUUUUGCUUUCCCCUUUUUAUUUUCUCAGUUUUUGUCUUGAUUUUAUCCUCUUUUCCUAAUUAAGAAACCAAAGUUGUUUGUUGUGUUUCUAAUUAAUUUUAAUAAGAUGGGAAUGAGUUGAUUUUUCUUUUAA